GUUACCUUCAGACCAAGUUGAUUUUUGCGAGCUUCCCCUUGCGUGUAGUUGUUUCAGGUUCUUUCUUUGCUUGACACCAAGAAAUAACUCUCUAAUCUCUGCUUAAUCUCUCAGAAGCUUCUGUCUUCCUGUUAGACACUCAGUAGUUCUUAUAACAUUUUCUCCACUUGUUCUGCUUGGUAUUCAAAACUUGUUGGUUUUGCUUUCCUAACUUUCUGUGCUGGAAUUUAUCUAUAUUCUUCUUUCUAUGGAGCUUUUAAGAGCAUAAGCCCUGUUGUUUUUUCUUUACUGUAAACAUUUUUUUCCAAUAGAAGAAUAGCAAGGUGCUAUUACAACUGUCAGAAUCGUGCUUUUGGCUUUGUUUUAAGUAAGUUACGUAAAAGAAAAAGCUAAAGCAAGAUGCGGCACCACACAGCGCAUAAUUGUUGUGGGAAGCAUCCUGUAAAGAGAGGCUUUUGGUCUCCUGAAGAAGAUAUGAAACUGAUUCGUUACAUUACUUCCCAUGGCCAUGGCCGCUGGUCUUCCCUUCCUCUCAGAGCUGGGUUGCAACGCUGUGGAAAGAGUUGCAGAUUGAGGUGGAUGAAUUACUUGAGGCCUGGAAUUAAGCGCGGCAAUUUCUCUAAUGAAGAAGAAAAUCUCAUCAUCUGUCUUCAUGCAAUGCUCGACAACAGAUGGGCAGAGAUAGCAAAGCACUUGCCAGGAAGGACAGACACUGAAAUAAAGAACUACUGGCAUACUUCUCUCAAGAAAAAGCUACUUUCUAAUGAGGGAUCUACUGCUAGAAGUUCUGCAUCUCCAUCUUUACACUUUUCAAAAGACCUUGAUCUUGAUCUGACUGUCAUAGAUGGCAUUGACAUUGCUCCACUGGAUCUUGAAUGUGGGUCAGACAUGGGAUAUCCUUACAACAGCCAGUUGGGUGAUUCUGUAGACAAGAUAACACAAGAUUUGGAAUUGGCAAUCACAAAUGGUAUUAAAGAAUUGGAUGAUGCAGUAUGCAUGGGUGGAACUGGAACCCAGAUAUUAAAUGAGCUUGAGGGAGGGGAGUUUCCUAAACAUCUCUUUGUAAAUGGGGAGGAUAGUAUUGAUAUCCUUCCCAAUCUUCCAAACCAGAAAUUGCAGAUAUUUGAGAAUUCAUGCUCUUCAUUAUGGUCGCCCUCUCCAUCAUCACUGAAGCAGCAUAACACCAUUCAACAAUCUGUGUUUGAAGAAACCCAGCUUCCAAUUUUCAUGUUCUCUGAAUAUUUUGGUCCUGAUCUUCUUCAGCAAUAUUGAGAGUAAAGUAUUAACAAUUAUGUUCUUGGUCCAAUUCAUGAUAGUAUUUAUACGACUUUGUAAAAAUCACCUUAGAGUGAUUCAGUUGGGUGUUUAGAAAGACAGAAGGAAUUAUUGAUCUACAGAUAGUUUGUACUGCAUAAUUGUUUGAAUUCUUAAUUUAUAAUUGGAUUCUUUGUAAAUAACCAGCAGAGACUGAUUAAUGAUUGAAAUUGCCAUUGAGAAAUUUAUUUA